AUGGAGGAGGUGAUGGAGGAGGUGAUGGAGGAGGUGAUGGAGGAGGUGAUGGAGGAGGUGAUGAAGGAGGUGAUGGAGAUGGUGAUGGAGGAGGUGAUGGAGGAGGGGAUGGAGGAGGUGAUGGAGGAGGUGAUGGAGGAGUUGACGGAGGAGGUGAUGGAGGAGGUGAUGGUGGAGGUGAUGGAGGAGGUGGUGGAGGAGGUGGUGGAGGAGGUGAUGGAGUUUUACUGCGAGUCGUGUGAGACGGCCAUGUGUCUGGAGUGCACCGAGGGAGAGCACCGUGAGCACGUGACGGUUCCUCUGCCAGACGUCCUGGAGCAACACAAGAUGGCGCUAAAGAGCCAGCUGGACACCGUCAGGAACAGACUGCCGCAGCUCACCGCCGCCAUCGACCUGGUCAACGACAUCUGGAAGCAGCUGAGCGAGCGGAAGGCCGAGGCCGUGGGCGAGAUCAGCUCCACAUUUGAGGAUCUGGAGAAGGCUCUGCACCAGAGGAAGAGCGCCCUCAUUACAGAGGUGGACAACAUCUGCAGCAGCAAGCAGAAGGUCAGCACUUAG